AUGUCUCACCAGCAGAACGAUGAUCAAACAUUCCAGCCGUCCCGCGGUGGCUCACACAGCAGUGGUGGAUGGAUGUUCCAAGCGAUGCAUGUUGCCAUAACAGAGUUAACGUCUCUGCAUAAUGAGCUUGACGCGGGAUCGAGCAAUGAGAGUAGCUAUGGGCCUCCCCCGGCUAAGAUCGAACGAUACAUAGUAUUGUCCAGCUCCGAAAAUCUUCAUGGUUCCGAGUGCGCUAUCUGCCAGGAGGACUACGAUGACGAUCAGCAUGUGGCUAUCAAGCUUCUAGGGACAGGCUGCAGUCACGUUUUUGGAAGAAAUUGCUUGCAAGAUUGGGUCGAUAGCGGUAUGGACAACGCCCAUUACUGUCCUAGUUGUCGACAAAGCAUACAUGGCGCGCUUAGUGUACUACCUCUAUGGCAGCUAGAUGCUGAAGAGGAAGGAGAAGAUGAACAAGAAGAGGAGGAAGAAGAAGCCAUGCCGGUCGCCAGCAUGCAAGAACGUGAGGAAGAACGCGAUAGGCAGUGGGCCAAGGUAUUUGAGGUUAGCAAACUUUUGCAGGAACUGGAAACAGUCCUUGUUCCCCAAGUUGACGCCGGGAAUGAGGCGAGCCUGGCUUCUCAAGUCGUACUCACCCAACGAGCUGUUCAGGAUGAGGACCACGCCCUUAGAGAAACAGUUUCGAACCUUACAGAUCAAUGUGUGUUUCUCAACGAGCUCAGGCGUCGCGCCUAG